GAGCGGGCUCUCCCUGCGGACCGCUGCAGGCUCCUCCCGCCGGCCCGCGCCUCCUCCCGCCCCACCCGCCCCGCGUACAAAGGCGCUGGGCCCCGGGCGCUCCCCUUACCGCGCCUUCCCAGCUCGCCAGCGACUGCCGCGCCCUGCAAGGUUUCAACAGACCUCCUCAAAAUGCCGUCUCAAAUGGAGCAUGCCAUGGAAACCAUGAUGCUUACAUUCCACAGAUUUGCUGGGGACAAAGACUACUUAACGAAGGAGGACCUGAGAGUACUCAUGGAAAGGGAGUUCCCUGGAUUUUUGGAAAAUCAAAAGGACCCUCUGGCCGUGGACAAAAUAAUGAAGGACCUGGACCAGUGCAGAGAUGGCAGAGUGGGCUUCCAGAGCUUCCUGUCGCUGGUUGCAGGGCUCAUCAUUGCAUGCAAUGACUAUUUUGUUGUACACAUGAAGCAGAAGGGAAAGAAGUAGACUGAACCAAGUGGUGAUACCCGACCCUGAUAAGAGUUCUCCCACAGGGUCACUUAAGGAAUCUGCCCCCACAGCUUCUCCUGAGCAGAUCAUGACUCUUAGGAAAUGUACAAAUAGCAUCCAACUCCAAUCUGACAAGCAGAAAAAGAAAAGUCAAUUGACAGAGAAGCUUUUCGUUUUUAUAUGUUUUACAUCCUCUUGCCCUCAAUAAAUAAAGUCCUUUUUUUAGUUCAAAAUU